CCGCGCAGAUCCAGGCUGAGCAAUUCCAAUAUGGUGGCCAGCUUGGCAGCUCUACGGUUCCUGUUGAUGAUAUUGUUGUUCUGCGGGAUCAGAUUCGGCGCGUGCAGCCGGGAAGCCCCGCAGGUCGUGGGGCUGCGGCUGGAAGACCCCGGGGGUCCGGCGCGCAUGAAGGACCGGAUCAUCUCGGCGCCAGAAGGAGCCACGUUCCAGCUCCGGCUCUUCGGGGCCAAUCUGAAUGGGAGCUGGCCGUGGCCGUGGCUCGCGUUCGCUGGGGCGGCUGUGGGAGCCGGAGGGGCCGCCGGCGAUGCCGACCCGUGCAGAGAGGAGUCCAGUCGGCAGGAGUCCGCCUUCAAUCCCACGGAGCCGUUCAGAGCGGACGAGCCGAACAGCGGGCUGCUGACCGUGGAGGUGAAGAAGCGUGGGAGCAUCUCCGCGGAUUUCUACCACCUGUGUGUGCAGGGAGGCGGGAUGUGGGCAUCGGUGGGCCCGGACAGGCUGCAGGUCAGUCCGGGAGAACCUUCAGCCUCCCCACGGCCGGAUGUGACCCCGACGACAGCCCCUCCUCCGCUCAGUCUGACCCCCACGGCGCUCCCCCCGUGGGCUCUGGCUCUGCUGGUGGUGCUGAUGCUGCUGAUCUGCGGGCUGCUGAGGACGGUCAACCUGAGCCUGCUGUGGCUCGACCCCGUGGAGCUCUAUGUCCUCCACAGCUGCGGGUCCGAGGAGGAGAAGCGAGCCGCCAAGCGCCUGGAGCCCAUCAGGAGGAGAGGGAACUUCUUGACAUGCUCGCUGCUCUUCCUCUGCGUCCUGGGACACUCUGUCCUCGGGGUUCUCCUCUACCGGGCCCUGGGCUCCAUAGUCUCGGCGGUUUUCACCAGCGGCUUUCUGAUCUUCUUCCUGGCUGAGCUGAUUCCUCACAUCUUGUGCUCCGGCUACGGCUUCCAGCUGGCGCCCGGGCUGACCUGGCUGGCCCAGGUCAGCAUGGUGCUCACCUGCCCCCUGUCCUGUCCGCUGGGGUUGAUUCUGGACCUGGGCCUGGGGAGAGACAUCAGCACCUGUGGGAUACGGGAGAGAGCCAUGGAGAUGAUCCGGGCCAGUGUCAAUGACCCUUACAGCGAGUUUGUGAAAGAGGAGUUCAGCCGUGGGAUGCUGCGCACCAAGACGGUGGAGGACAUCCUGACUCCCCUGAAGGACUGCUUCAUGCUGCCCAGCUCGGCCGUCCUGGACUUCUCCACCAUGUCGGAGAUCAUGCAGAGCGGAUACACCAGGGUGCCUAUUUACGAGGAGGAGAGGUCCAACAUUGUGGAGAUCCUUUACGUGAAGGAUUUGGCGCUGGUGGACCCGGAGGACUGCACCCCCAUGACGACCAUCACCAAGUUCUACAACCACCCGCUGCACUUCGUCUUCAACGACACCAAGCUGGACGCCAUGCUGGAGGAGUUCAAGAAAGGCAACUCUCACAUGGCCAUCGUCCAGAAGGUGAACAACGAGGGCGAGGGCGACCCGUUCUACGAGGUUCUGGGUCUGGUCACCCUGGAGGACGUCAUCGAGGAGGUCAUCAAGUCUGAGAUCCUGGACGAGUCCGACGGCUACUUGGACAGGAAGGUGAAGCGUCCGCUGACUCCUAUGGAGAUCCCUCUGGAGCCUCGCGGCUCCCACGAGGAGUUCUCCCUUUUCAAGCCUCCAGAGGGAGAGCCGAAGAUCCGCACAUCACCUCAGCUCCUGCUGGCCACGCACCGCUUCCUGUCCAGAGAAGUGGAGCACUUCAGCCCAGCUCGCGUGUCUGAGAAGGUGCUGUUCCACCUGCUCCGCCACCCCAGCGUCAACCAGGAGAUCCACUUCGACCACAACAACCGGCUGAGCCCGAGCCACUACCUGUACACCCGCAACCACCCAGUGGACUACUUCAUCCUCCUGCUGCAGGGUCGUGUGGAGGUGGAAAUCGGCAAAGAGGGCCUGAAGUUUGAGAACGGAGCCUUCACCUACUACGGCGUGUCUGCUCUGACGCUGCCCUCUUCAGUUCACCAGUCUCCGGUGUUGACCCAGCGGCACUCUCCCAGGGAUCCCUUCGAGUCAGCAGACGCCACCAGCCCGUCCAGCUACUGUCCCGACUACACAGUGCGAGCCCUCACUGACCUGCAGCUCAUACGGGUGACCCGUCUGCAGUACCUGAACGCCCUCGUGGCGUCGCGGACGGGCCAGAGUCCAGAUCCUCCAGAGAUCAAGAUCCUGCCCAACAGUCAGACCAAGCUGCUCAACGACAGAAACGCCACACCAGAGUUUCCUGUAAACUUUUCGUUCUUUGAUACCAUUGAGAACUUCUGUUAGAGGGCUUUGUAUGCAUGAGGUAAAUCCAACCUGAGCCCCAGUCACUGACUUACUCACAGACCCCAAUCCUGUCCUGCUGCAGGCUGACACAUUUACCUCCUCAUAGCGUUCUGUUUGUACUCUAAUCAUGUCCGGACCUUUGUGGAGGCAUGAAGGUAAACGUGUCUUUGCUUUUCUACUCCUUGUUCUUUGCUUUGUCUUUAAAUAACUUCCCCACUUUCCUGUCCUGCUGCAGCAGCAGCUCUGCAUUCUGUUCAACCUCCGUUUCCACAAAACAAAGAGACAGCAAUGUGUGAUUUAAUUAGGCCGCGGACGGUGAUGAACUGCGUCUCUCUGGCGUCCAUAUUGGAGGUUCAACGUGUUAAAAGGAAACACCUUAAGCUUGUUGAAGAAAAGCUCGUGCUUUCUGUCUUCAUGAGGUAAAUCCUCAUCAAAGUGCAUCAGAUUCAGCUCCAUGUAAAUUCUGAUCGUCAUGUGAAGGAGGCGGCUGCUCCAUCAUGAGGCGUCUGCAUUAUAGGGAGACGAGGAGAAAUACUUUUACAUGAAUAUCAUACUGGCUCUAAAUGCUUGAAUUAUGAUCUGAGCAGCAAGAAACUCCUCCAGUGCUUUGAAAACUUCAGCCUAUUUAAAAAUCAUCAGGAAUGAGACGAAGCCGAUGACCUCCAAUAUGUCCGCCCGGGGGAAGCCGAGACGUCGCCUUAGAAACGGUAGAAACAAACAGAAUAGAUGGCUCCAUCUUUGUCGUCCCUGGCCUGUAUGUGUGAGUGCUGCCGUCCCUGUUCUGACCUCACGCCUCACCCCAGCUCUCCUUUGAUUGGUCGGGUUCCACAGGUAGCAGCAGAGCCCAGGAGAGCUCCACAGAAGAGGAGGCUCAUGGGUAACACAGGAAACAUUUCUGGUUGGACCAGACUGGAGAGAGAGAGAGAGAGAGAGAAUGAUUUUUUAUUUUUUAUUUAACCAGACCCACUAACUCACACGCCGCCUUUUUUUCAUGUGAUCUCUAGUGAUUAUUUUAUACAUGUAUGUACAUAUGUCUGUAUAAAUAUAAAUAUAGAGUGGAGAGAGAAGAUAUGUUACCUUAAUAUGAUUAUUUACUUUUCUGCGUUGAUUGGUCCUAAAUGUGAUCUGAGCGUUUCCUGCUGCGUACCGGAGACUGAACCCUUUGAUUCCAUAAAGUUCCAGAGAACGGCUCCAAGACGAUUCCACGAACCUAAGCCAGGGAGUGCCAUCACAAUCAGACCGAUAAAAAAGAGACGCGAGAGGCAAACGCUGCUUUUAAACGCAUUCGAAUGAGAGGAAACCAAGUCAGAAUGUCUGAGGUGGAGCCUUUUGAAAAUAGUUGUUUCUGUCAUUGUAAAAUGUGGAAAAGUAUCAGAAUUAUGUUAUUUUUGUUUUUUCUAUUAGCAUCCAAAGAUUCGUCAUUGUCUUUGUUCCUUUACUUCCACAGAGGGAACAACUAAACUCUGUUUUUUCAAAGCCAUUUUGGGGGUUAAUAAGGAAUAUUCUGAAUAUUCAGGUGGUUGUGAAUUCUGUCUUCCUGCAAACUGGAUUCAACCAGGUUCUGCUGCUAAACUGGGCAAAGUGUGCUAAACAGGAAUUAGCUUAGCUUAGCUCGGCGAUUUGUGAGUGAUGCGGGUAGAAAAUGCAAAGAGGAAAUGGUAGAGAAAAUAAAUCAAUGUAUAAUUAACAAAUAAAAUAUAUCUAUAAUAUUCCAGAAGAGGAUCAGAGCAACAGGGAAAAAAGAAUUCUGACUUUUCUUCUCAGAAAUUCUAAGAAAAUAAAGUCUGAAGGCAGGAUCAGACAUUUUCUGCAUUUAGUAAUUCCCAGCUUAGCAGCAGAACCGCUUUGGUGGAUGUGAUCUCUUGGUGCCAUUUUUAUUUGAUUUGAUUUGAUUUUUCUGACCUUGGCCACGCCCAUCGUUCUUUGUGAACUUUGAAUCCUCUGAACUGGACAUCACAUUAAAUAAUGUCAUUUCAAAGUAUUGUUUGAAUGAAUUAGAAUUUUCCCUGAACAUAGUUGUUUUUUAAUUUCAUGUGUUUUUGGUCAGUCGCAGCUCAGAGACACAUUUCUAUCACUGACUCCUUUUUAAAAAAAUAAUCAACUCCCAACUGGUUUCUGCUCAUGUCUUGAUGUCAUGGUUCACUUCCAUCCUGAUUGUUCAAAGACUUCGUGUGUGUGUGUGUGUGUGUGUGUGUGCGUGUGUGUGUGUGUGUGUGCGUGCGUGCGUGCGUGUGUGUGUAAAAUGUUCUUGGCUGUUUUUGGAAGUGCAGCUCAUUUUAGAGAAACAUAUUUUAUGUUAUGGAGGCGGUGCCUUUUUCUUUUUCUUAUGUCUUCCAGGUUUAGUUCAUUGCACUAAACUGUUGCAUUAUCAUUUCUUGUACAUAUCUGGGUGCCAAAGUUACAUGUGUGUAUGUAUCCGUUCUGUCUCAGUGGAGAUAUUAGUAAUGAUUUUAAUCCAGUGUUCUGCAUUUUAUGACAUGUGAGGAGAAUCCUGAUUGUUUUUAUUUUUUGGGCUGAUUGUGAAGUUAAACAGAUCAUGCACGUGGUCCACAUUUCAAGGUCUGAUCAGAACUGUAAGGCCUAAAUAACAACAUGAGCUCUCCAUUUGUGGAAAACUGUCUUCAUUCAAAAAUUAACAUGUUUUUGGGCGGGGGGCCGGAUGUUUUUCAGAAUUAAUUUAAAUAAAAGUUAGUUUCGAAUGUAAUGUGUUGAUUCCAAACGAAAACUAAACUAAAUCAGGUUUUUGCAGCCUGCGGUUCUGGAGCGGUUCUGGAGCGGCUCCUCUGAUCGAUCGUCCACCGUCACUCUUUCAAAAAGAGUUGAAUGUUCCUAAAAAUGGAUCCAACAACAACAUUCUGCUGCAUUUGUAAAAACAAACAAACAAAAAAAGCUCGUUUUCUUAUGUUGAAAAUGAUGCUUUUUUUAAAACCAUAAUUAUUUAGCCAUAUCAACAUCCUAAACAUUUAGCCAAUUUUUAUAAAUGGGCUCUUUAAAAAUUCUGUUUUUUUUUUUUGUUUUUUUUACAGUAGAUAUUAAUAAUAAAAUGAGAAUCAGUCUUGUUUUAAAAUGUCAUGUAAAUCGUGUGGCUCUAUGUUUCUACCUGCACUGAGACUGAAGGUUGCAGAUCCAUGAAGUGAACGUUUGACCCAACCAUCAGAACAAUCACACCUGACUGAAGAAACCACUCUGUAUUAUCACAACGCAUUGAGAAAUCAGUGCAGAUCAAACGCUGGCCAUAAAUCAUUCAGUUUCGUUAUGUUGGAGGAAAUGAGGUAAAAGUGAAACCUGGAAAGGUUUAUGCUGAACAACUUAUUUUGAAAUAAUUAAAAAAAAAAAUUCUUUAAAAAUCAACAUUAAAAACUAAAAAAUAACUUGAAUCCUCGAAAUAUUCGGCAACUUGAGGGUCCAGCAGUCCGAACCGAACAGAGCACCAACCGAAAGGUGAACCAGAAUCUUGAAGUUCUGGUGAAACAUUUGUUUUUGUGUCCCGUUUGUCACGUCGUCCACAUCCAGGUUCGUCCUUCAGUCGUCAACAUUCCACCAAACUUUGAAUGUUUAUGUGCCAACAGCUUUUAAUGGUUGUGUCAGUCAUUGCUGCACAUGCAUAAACAAUACAUAUCAGAAAUAAUUCCUAAAUAAGGAGUUUAGUUAUUUUAAUGCAUUAAUGAAAAGGAGGAUAUUUUUGAAAUGAGUGUUUUAAGCAGAAGGUUUGGAUGUUUGCAAGUCUCUUAUUAUUUGAACGGCAUAAAGAAAAGCAGUGGGAAAUGUAUUAUUAUAUAAUGUUAAGAGGGGGGAAAACAUGUUUUCGUGUUUUGUUCAUUUUGGGGAUUAAAAACAUAAGAGGCGGCAGAUCGAAAGUAUCCGUGUCACUUUGAAUUCUGUCCUGCUCUGAAUAGGGCAGGAGUGACGGGAUUAAGACUGGAUCUCAUAAAACCAGUUUAACAUCGAAAUAUUCAAAUCACUUCUAUCUGCUAAUUCCACUGGCUGGGAUCACAUGGGCCAAAAGUUCAAUUAGUUUGAAAGUUGUAGAAGUUUGAGAAAAUAUAUGAAAUCUACACAACCAUGGCAACUGCUUCAAAUGAGUUGGCAAUUAAAAGGAUAGUUCAAAUCUCCCAACAGUCGUAUUGGGGGGGAUCCAAACCUCUGAGUGUGUGUGUGUGUGUGUGUGUGUUGAUGUGUGUUUUAGGAACCUACAUGUCCAGGAUGUCGUCAUUCGGUUCUCAGUCUCUGCGUUUAGAUUCGACACAGAAGAGAAGCUCCAGUUCUCCGGCUCUUGUUUGUCUUAAAGAUUUGUUCGAUUUGGUUCUUUUUGAGAAUUCUGUUGGAUUUGGUUUUUGUUGAAUCCUUUCAAUACUUUCUUAGGAAAUAAAAGCAAUCGUAUUCUGUAA